GGCGGGACCCAGAGGACUACCGCAAACUGCGCCCGCCGGCUACACGCCGCCGCCCGGGCCGCGGCUCCUCCCCCGACCCCGCCUCCCCGGCCUCGCGCCGCCCGCCCGUCCGCCGGUCUCUGCAAGACCGUCGGUCUGUCCGCUCGCUCGUCCGUCCGCUGCCCGGGUCCCGCUAGCCCGAGUGCGCGAGUCGAUUCGUCGGUUCCGGCCACCACAAACCCGUCUCCCGCCCCGAAGCGGUCCGCCUCUGCUACGCGAGGCCGGGGAUUGGCAGGGCGCGUAGGCCGCGCCGCGGCGGAUGGAGCCGGAAUAAAGAGGCAGCCGAGAAAGCAGCUGGUCUCUGCUCGCCCCGCGCCUGACCCCGCAGGCGGCCUGGAGUAGAACCGAUUACUGGGGAAAGCAGAGCCUUCUCGGCAUUGCUGGGACCCUGUCCCGAAGAGCCCCCUGCCCUGUAAGCACUGCCUUGUAGGCUGUCUUCUUGGCUCAUGACAAGGGCUCUCUGACCGGCCCUCCUCUGUGCCUUGUGUGAGGUCCUUGUCCGGCCCCGAUAUCCAGUAGCUUCUCUCAGGGUUGGGUUCAUCUUGAGCGGGAAACUGAAGCCAUUACUGUCCAAACCCAGUUUCAUCUUCCCAAGCAUGUCGGAAAGUUGGCAGCAGCCACCACAGACACAGCCACAACAGCCACAGCCCCCACAGCCUCAGCACCAUGCAGAGCCACCCCCAGCCCUGGCUGAACACACGCUGCCCCCGGGCACGGCUGAGAACCCGCUAGGCUGUGCUGUCUAUGGCAUACUGCUGCAGCCUGACCCAGGCCUGCAGCCCCCACAGCAUGCACCUCUGCAAGCAGGGGAGCCCAGCCCCAAAUGUGGUGUGUGUGGCCAUGACCUUGCACACCUCUCCAGCCCUCACGAGCACCAGUGCCUGGCAGGCCACGACCGCUCCUUCCAAUGUACACAGUGUCUGAAGAUAUUCCAUCAGGCCACUGAUCUGCUGGAACACCAGUGUGUGCAGGCCGAGCAGAAGCCUUUUGUGUGUGGUGUCUGCAAAAUGGGCUUCUCACUGCUCACCUCACUGGCUCAGCACCACAGCUCCCACACUGGCAUGGUGAAGUGCUCCAUCUGUGAUAAGACCUAUAAGCCAGCGGAGGCUGCCGAACCGGCCACCACUACUGCCCCAUCGCUGCCCUCGGCACCUCCCCCCGCUAAUGUCGCCCCUGCGGAACAGCCUGAGAAGCCCUACAGCUGCCCUAUCUGCCAGAAACCCUUCAAGCACCUGUCGGAGCUCUCCCGGCACGAGCGGAUCCACACUGGAGAGAAGCCGUACAAGUGCACGCUGUGUGACAAGAGCUUCAGCCAGUCCUCCCACCUGGUGCACCACAAGCGCACGCACAGCUCCGAGCGGCCCUACAAGUGCGCGGUCUGCGAGAAGACCUUCAAGCAUCGCUCCCACCUGGUGCGCCACAUGUAUGCGCACUCGGGAGAGCAUCACCUGUUCCGCUGCAAUGUGUGCGAGCUGCACUUCAAAGAGUCGUCGGAGUUGCUGCAGCACCCUUGCACCCCAAGCGGUGAGCGGCCCUUUCGCUGCGGCGAGUGCCAGAAGGCCUUCAAGAGGCCAUCGGACCUGCGACAGCAUGAGCGCACUCACAGUGCCGAGCGGCCCUUCAAGUGUGACCUGUGCCCCAUGGGCUUUAAGCAGCAGUAUGCGCUGAUGCGGCACCGGCGCACACACAAGACGGAGGAGCCCUUCAAGUGUGGCCUGUGUGAGAAGGGCUUUGGGCAGCCGAGCCACCUGCUCUACCACCAGCACGUGCACACCCUGGAGACACUCUUCAAGUGCCCCGUGUGCCAGAAGGGCUUCGAUCAGUCUGCAGAGCUGCUGCGGCACAAGUGCUUGCCGACCUCCACAGAGCGGCCCUUCAAGUGCCCGGUGUGCAACAAGGCCUACAAGCGGGCGUCUGCCCUGCAGAAGCACCAGCUGUCACACUGCGCAGCCGCAGAGAAGCCUCUGCGCUGCACCCUGUGUGAGCGCCGCUUUUUUUCUUCCUCGGAGUUCGUGCAGCACCGCUGUGACCCAGCCCGGGAGAAACCGCUCAAAUGCCCGGACUGUGAGAAGCGCUUCAAGUACGCUUCAGACCUGCAGCGUCACCGGCGGGUGCACACGGGUGAGAAGCCCUACAAGUGUCCCAACUGCGAUAAAGCCUUCAAGCAGCGCGAGCAUCUCAACAAGCACCAGGGCGUGCACGCCCGCGAGCAGCAGUUCAAGUGUGUGUGGUGUGGCGAACGCUUCCUGGAUGUGGCGCUGCUCCAGGAGCACAGUGCCCAGCACAGCGCUGCCGCUGCGGCUGCAGAGGGCGCCUACCAGGUGGCGGCCUGCCUGCCCUGAGGCCUCGGGGCCACCACCUGCCCUGUCCAGUCUCGCCUGCUUGCAGCUGCAUGGCAGCAAGCCUGUCAACCAGCUCCCUCCUCAGGAGUGAGGACCAAGGGUUCUGGGCAGGUGGAGGGUGUGCAUGUUCAGUUCUCCUAGAACCAGACCGGUCAGCCAUGGGAGGAGCCAAACUGCUGGGGCCAGACCAGAUUCCAUUAAUCUCUACCCCACGACAGAACUUGCUUUCUGAGAUCCUGCUCCCCCCCUCCCCAUUUAUAGGGAACUUGAAUUCCACCUGUAGUCAGGUGCCUCUGCCCUAGGUGUGAGGGAUGUCAACCCAGCCUUCCCAAAUCGUUCAGCCUAGUUAGAAGUCAGGUGACUCGGGAAGAAGGAAGUAGGGUUUCUCCUCAGAUUGAUUUGGGGGGGGGGGCAGCUUUGUGACAGUUCUGGAGACUUAGAGUAUGGACCAUGAGCUACAGUCUCGGAUUGCCCAGCUAGGAUGAAUGUGCCCGAACCCCAAGUUUCUGAUAGUUGAGAUAAGUAGGAUAGGAGUCUUUGGGCAGGGGGUGCUUGAAGCCUAGGGCCAGGGUGGGGGAAACAGAGACAUCCCAUGACACCCUCGGGUCAGCCAGUGCUGUCCACAGGGAAAGGGACACAAGCCUGUGUGCCAAGGGCAGUCCUGAGUCUGUGGAAGCCCCUCCUGCCUGUGAGUGGUUCUGAGCGUCAGGGCAGUGAGUGUGCCCUUGGCAGAGCUGCAGCUGUAGAAGGGGGAGGCUGUUAGUCCCCUCAACCCAACCUCAUUCCUGGGGUGGGGAGGAAGGAGGACCAAGCCCAUGAUUUCCCCGGCAGUUAUAACCAGGCCCCUUCUUCCCAAAUUGUGUGAACCAAAGUGUCUGAGGCUCAGAGUCAUGACUUCAGCUUGUCCCAUCCCUGCCAAACGGAGUUCUGGGCACCCAGGGUGGGGAAUGGCUUCUCACCCCAUAGAGCCCUUCUGACCCAUGGAUACCAUGAGCCGGCAGUCUGGUCAUGGGCUUGGGCACUAUUGCCAAAACAACCUGCUCUCUGUUGAGUCCUAGCCGUCCCCUUAGGCCUUUGGCUACUCACAGCCUGCCUCCUAUAGCAAACUUGGGGACACAAGGAUAAAGGAGCCUAUUGGGCAGCAUUCUUAGCAGGUACAUGGUCAGCCACCAUCACUGGAUGGCCAGAGCCACCUCAAGAACCUGGAGGAUCUUUGUUGUCAAAGUCAUCAUUCUCAACCCAGCCCUGCCCAUGCCCCCCUCAGCCCCCCCCCCCCCCCCCCCCCCCCCCCCCCCCCCCCCCCCCCCCCCCCCCCCCCCCCCCCCCCCCCCCCCCGCCCAUGAGUCUUGAAAGAAGACUCGCUGGCGCCCAAGCCAAGGGCCAGACGGUAGGAGGACACCACCACAUCUCUCAUCUCCAAAAGUCCAGCUGGCCGCAUGCACCUGCUCUGUCUGCCCAGGCUCUGGCCUGCGGCCGCAGAGACAUAUUAACACUCCUCUUGACCUGACUCUUGUCACAAAGCCUCAACAGACUGGAACUCAGGCUACAACAGUCCAGUCCUACCUGCUCAUUUCCCCUUUGACUUUGCAUUCUAAAAGCAGUUUGUCAUACUAUUCAUAAUUCAUAACAUUGUAUAGCUUACUUUCGUGUCAUUUUGGAUCAUAUAUAAAUAUGAGAGUUUGGAAUUUUUAAAAGAAUGACUCCAUUUUAGGCAGCCACUUUUGAUGUUAACAUCCAGUGAGUGUGACGUAUGCUCUAGAAGUAAAGACAUUGACCCGUGUGGCCCACAGCUCUUCCACUGUUCUUUCCAAAGGGAAUGAUGGGAGGUGCAGAGGCUGAAAGCCGCACAGACCAGAGAGGCAGGUGGGGGCUAGGCUUCAAUCCUGAGCUUUGAAGCUUCCGGCUGUGUGACCUUGGACUGGUCACUUAACCUCUUUGACAUAGUUGCCUCAUCUGGCCACCAAAAACCAAACUGGGAGGCUAACUUGCCUCUGUUGUGAAUAGCAUGAAGUCAUUGUUGAGACUGAGGGGAAGCUAUGGACAAGCUGACAGGUACCAGCUGCAGUGUUCCACACCCCACCUAACUUUAAGGUUUAUCCAUAGCCCUUGAGGAGGGAGCUAGACUGUGAGAAACCAGCAGCUCAUGAAAAGUCAGAAGCUGGAGAUGGCAAAAAAUGUAUUCAGGUGCUCCCUGGAACAGCGGUGGAUCCACCAAGCCAGGCCAGCCCACUCUCACCGUUUGGUCUGCCCUACAGUGGCUUGGUGAGCCGAGCCCAGUGCCUUUACCUCCGACCUUACACACAUUUCUCCUGUGCUCCAUCCUUGCCUACAGCAGUCUGUCUGUAAUUCACAUAGGCCAGAGUGGAACUGGAGAGAGGGAGAGAUAGCCCUCAGCCUGGCAUCUGAGAGCCAAGGGCACCCUGUCCUAGGUAAAAGGUAGAAAGUUAAAGGGCACCACACGUGUUCUAAGAGUGACCCAUUCCUCGUGUCUGUCCCAGGCUUCAGGCCCCGCUUAUUUUCUAGUUGUGUGGUAGAACAGGCCUGAACGCUCCUCUGUCCAAACCAUUUGGAGGCUCGGGGAUUGUUCAAGCCGCACAGUGGUAAGUGCCCUGGAGUUCCACCUGCACACAUGUGGAAGACGGGCAAUGUGGCCAGGACAUCCCUGGCAUUCUGGCUCCCGGUCACUUUUCUGACCAGGACUGUCCCUGACACCCAGUCUGGCCAGGGGAUCAAGGCAACAAAAUGUUCCUCCUGCCCCAGCUGGUGCCUGCCUUCCUGUGCAGGCAGAGGGGUAGGUCCUUAAAGGGCCUGCUCUCGUGGUACUGCCACAGAAGGUCACCUCCAACCUGCACCUCCUUCCUGGCCCAUAACCCUGUUCUCCCUCCAGAGCUGACUGACGACGUCCCACCCAGGACUACUCGCCCUGUGACAGUCCAGAAGGCCCCCAGCCAGGCUCUGGUGAUGAGGUCUGCAUCCCACCUCAAGCAAGCAUUUCGGUCCCUAGAGGUCACAACCCCAGGAAGAGCCUUGGCUGCUGUCGGUCUGCAUCUACAGAGGCUUCUGCUGCAGUAUCCUGUAAACGGCAGUCUGUGGGGACAGGGUUGUGGGGUCUCCCCCUUCCCUAUGUCCCCGCCCAACCCUGGCUCUGCAUUCCUGCCUUUGUUUCCUCCACGACCAUAACUGAGCACCACUGUUUGCCAGGCACAAGACAAGAACUUCAGACGAGUUUAAACGAGUCAGAAGUAGAGGGGUGGAGGAGAAGGGUCCAGUUAGCGCAGUACCUGCUGCUCGAGCAUGGGGGCCUGAGUUUGAAUACCCAACACCUACAUGGUUGUAUCCGUAGGCUGGGAGCACAGGUGGGGGAAUGAUAGGACAUAUGGGCAUUCCUGGAGCUCCUACCAGUCAGUCUAGCCAUUUGGUGAAUACUGGAUUCAGUGAGAGACCCUGUUUCAAAAAAUUAGGUGGGGAAUGAUUGAGGACACCCAUGUUGACCUCCAGCCUCCACAUGUAUGUGCAGCCACAGGCAAACACAGUAAAAGCGGCCACUGCCAUCCGGGAACAGUUCCACAUCUUUCUUCACCACGCCCCAUCUCAGCUUGAGCAUUAUUUCUGAGCCCGCCUCAGCCCCUGGGCUAUGAUGCAUUUCCCCCAUGCUGCUCUGUAAUAAACAAACACUACUGUUUCUUUAUAGUAGGCAUUUCAUUGAGUUCAAAUUUGCUUGCAUUGGUUCUGGAGACCCCAGAUCCCAUUCCUGAACCUCUUAAUAGAGGUAGAAGGAGCUGGCAACUGAUACUACUGGCCAGAUAUGUGGGUCCCCUGAAACAGCCAAGGCCCCUGUGCUAUGGUCUUCGGGAAGAAUGAGAGAAGGGAGCAUGUGAGGCUCUUUAAGGCUGGGCUGGAAGGAGUGGGGAGAGCAUUUCUGGUGGAAGGGUGGCUUUGAACAGAGUUUGGGACACUUGAUCCUAAGAGUAGGACAGAGCAGCGAGGAAGCGUGGUGGAGUCUGGAAAUGCCAGGGAACUGAUUGUGUUCAGGUCCAAAGGGCCUAGAGAUGAGGUCAUGCUGGCUGCACUAUCCCCAAGGUUACAACUGCAGUAAAGAUUUCCUAUGGGAUCUGUUUAUAAUGAGCCAUGAACCCCUGAAGGUAAAGAGGUGGUCAAGGCAGUGAGGUAGUGACCACCACUAGUACUUCUGAGAGCAUUCCUAUCUCUGUUUCUCAGGCUAGUCCCAAACUACUGGGCUGUCUGUCAAGCCUCAGCCUCCAGAUCGUCUGGGACUAUAUACCACCAAUCUUGGCUUCUUAGUUUUCUAACGGGACAUCCCUUCUAAGCCCAUCUUUAGUCCCCAGUUCCAGGAAGCACCCCUGCUUUCGUCCCCGCUCCUGGCUUGUUUCUCAGAGCAGGAAAGAAGCAGAAUGAAGUGGUCACGGUCACAAUUCCUCUGCUUUCAAUUCCCAGCUUUGCUAGUCACAGGCUAUGUGGUCUUGGACCAAUCACCGCUUCAUCAAGCCCAUUUAUUUAGACUUCUGUGAAUGAGUGUUUUGCCUGUGUGUGUGUAUGUGCACCACCUGUGUGCCUGGUGCCCCUUUGAGGUCAGAAGAGGGUUAUAUCCCCAGGAAUUAGAGUUAAGAUGGUUCUGAGCCUCCAUGUGGGUGCUAAGACCUGAACCUGGGUUCUCUAGAAGAGCAGCCAGCACUCAACCUCUGAGCCAUCUCUUCAGCCCCAAGUCCAUUUAAUUAACCAGCUAGUAAAUGGAUUUAAAACGACUUACCUCAUGGGGCCUGGGAAGCACUUAAAAACUUAAUAAAAAGUAUAUGCUCAA